AUGUCUUUCGUUGCAUCUGAGUUCCUCGGCGUUGCCUUGAAAUAUCUUGGCGAAAAGGCCGGCGAUGCUGUAGUUGAACAUAUCUGCAGUUCCCUUGUUGAUAGUCUCUUCGGCGGAGACGACAAUAGCGAAGCCAACGCAGAUAUUCUCGCCAAGCUUAACCAGAUCUUAAAUGGAUUGCAGCAGGUUCAGGAUUCGCUUCAGCAGAUUGAGGGAGCAAUCGCCCAGGUGGAUGUCGAUAUCGAUGCCGCUAUAAUACAGCAGAACGUUUCAAGCAUCAAUUCACUGCACCAUUCCUACUUCGAUUGCUUGAAGGGUCUCGCAACUGCAGCUAAAGCGACAGAUGCUGCUUCGAAGAAUAUUUGCGUCCAAUUCCGCGCUCGUCUUGUGCAGCUCUCCGUCGAAGCAAAGACCACUGUUCCCGAGGCUCUCGGGACUAUCCAUGACUUUUUGGCGGGCCAGGGGGCGAGUAGCUACCUUAGCAAAGAAGCAAAGAUCAGCAUUGCUUCGGCUACGGAUAUCAUCGACUUUUAUAGCAAGAUGAAGCUACCUUUGAUAAAGGUCGUUGUGGCUGAGCUGAAGGGAGUUCAUCUGCUUAGAUUUGCGUCAUCGAAUCCCGAUCCUGCAGUCAACUUCCCGGAUGGCCCAGCUGCCAUAGCCCGCGCCCUUAACAACAUUGAUAAACAAGACCACACUCUCCAGCGGCUGGUUGGCCCUGAGGAGUAUAAAGUGGUGUCUUCCAUACUCACCGCUUACCCUAAGCCGGCGCCAGUUUCUAUCAGCAUGGUUCAAGGCCGUGGUCUCAUCAAUGGGGAUGCCAUCUCCGGUUCAGUCUGGUAUGCAGGACAGACAACACAGUUGUGGUAUGUUGAGCCGGCUAAUGAUUGCCCGAUAAUUACAGACGGCUCAAAAGCCAACGGCUUUCGGUUGAUGAAUGCUUCCAACAAUGCGUACAUCUCCAUAUCUGUCACACCCAUCCUUGAUUCAUCUUAUUACUCACUGGGAGCCACCAAUUCUGCCUCUGACUCAGCGAUUUGGAACUUGCAAUGGUACCCGGAUUAUUUAUUCCAUUGGCAGCCACAGGACUACCCUCACAAGGUUUUGAAGCAAGACAUCCGCUACACUUCCGACAAUCAGGCUCAAUUUUACAUUUACCUAGCAGACGCGCCACCACCACCGACUCGUGACAGCGCCGAAUUCAUCGUUCAGCCUUACCAAGGCUCUCUCAGUAAUUUCUGGCCUCGUGAACCUGCUCCGAUGAGGGUCGGGGAAAGAUUGAUUCCGGGGGUGUACCUCGAGUCGCCGAGCAAGGCAUACCGCCUCACGUUCGAGGGUGAGAACUUUGGGGUCUGGGAUGUCAACAACAAAUCGUGGAAGUGGGAAGUCAUGACCACUCUAGACAUGUCGAACAGUCCACAGGCGGCUUUUCAUUCCAUGGAAGGACUGGUGUUGUACCAGGGCGAUCGUACUUUACAGCAAUUGGGGUUCCAGCCCAGCUCUCCGGACUACGAUGCGACUAUUGUCGUAACUGAGCAAGGUGUACUGCAAUUCAUCAGUGGUGAUGGAACUGUCAGUUGGUCUUCGUCUUAA